CAGUGUAGCCCCAUCAGUGCCACCUAUCACUGCCAGUCAGUGCCACCUAUCAAUGCCAGUCAGUGCCACCUAUCAGUGGUGUCAAUCAGUGCCACCUAUCAAUGCCAGUCAGUGCUGCCUAUCAGUGCCUGUCAGUGCUGCCUAUUAGUGCCGCCUAACAGUGCCAGUCAUUGCUGCCUAUCAGUGCCAUAUAUUAGUGCUGUGGUUCAGUGCCCAUCAGUGAUGCCUGUCAAUGUCCAUCAGUGCCACCUACCAGUGCCUCUUCAUCAGUGCCGCCUAUCAGUGCCCAUCAGUGCAGCCUAUCAGUGCCUAUCACUGCAGCCUCAUUAGCGCACAUCAGUGAAGGAGAAAAAUCACUUAUUUACAAAAUUUUAUAACAGAAACUAA